CUAAAUUAAAUCGGAAGUAUGUACGUGGCCGCUUCAGGCAGCUCAUAUUCUGCAUGAUGGCGACAGAGGUUCAGAGCGGCGACCUCAACAAUGGCAGUUCAAGCCGGCUCGAAGUCUCAAUCGAUGGCCUCACCCUCAGCCCGGAUCCCGAGGGCGAGCAGGAGCAAGUCGUUGAACCGGACCCGGUGCCGGCGGAGCAGGAGACAGAGGACCAGAGCACCGCCGAAGCCACCGACGAUGGGCAGGAAGGCGAGUCUGCCAAAACCACGAUAGAGAGGAAAUGGGGCUUUGGUUUGCAGGAGCUAUACGGACUAGCAUUGAAAUUCUUCAAAGAUAAGGAUGGGAAGGCCUUUCACCCCACCUAUGAGGAGAAGCUUCGUCUGGUGGCCCUCCACAAGCAGGUGUUACUGGGGCCAUACAACCUCGACGCCUCUCCAGAGGUGGGCUUCUUUGACGUCCUGGGCAAUGACCGCAGGAAAGAGUGGGCUGCUCUGGGUAACAUGGAGAAGGAGGAGGCCAUGGUGGAGUUUGUCAAGCUGUUGAACAAAUGCUGUAAUUUAUUCGCUCCUUACAUCACCUCCCACCAAAUAGAGAAGAAGGAGCAGGAAAGGAAACGGAGGGAGGAGGAGGAACGACAGCGCCGGGAGGAUGAAGAGCAGGAACGACAGAGACAGGAGGAGGAGAGGCGGAGGCUUGAGGAGGAGGAGAGGCUGAAGAGGGAGGAGGAUGAAAGGAGACAGUUGGAUGAGGAGAGGCUACGGGUGGAGCAGCAUAAACAGCAGAUCAUGGCAGCAUUGAAUGCCCAGACAGCGGUGCAGUUUCAGCAGUAUGCUGCCCAACAGUAUCCAGAGAGCCCUGAGCAGCAGCUGGGUCUCAUACGCCAGCUGCAGGAACAACACUACCAACAGUACAUGCAGCAGCUCUACCAAGUCCAGCUGGCUCAGCAACAGGCAGCCUUACAGAAGCAGCAGGAGGAUGCGGUGGUGCAGGCUACGCUGGAGGUCACCAGUGAGUCUUUAGCUGCAGUGCCCCCGGCUAGAGAGGAGGUCCCCAUGCUCAACGGCCAGUCAGACUCCCACUCUGAGAGCAUGGACAAAGAGCCAGAACCCCUCGAGCCUGCCGAUGAGGUCACUGAGAAUGGGCCCAUUGGUACACGCACACAUCGACCAGCAGACUCUCCCCCGGUCAUCGCGGCUCCCUCCAUGUGGACGCGGCCCCAGAUCAAGGACUUCAAGGAGAAGAUCCGGCAGGACGUGGACAGUGUGAUCACGGUGGGGCGUGGCGAGGUGGUGACGGUGCGCGUGCCCACCCACGAGGAGGGCUCCUACCUUUUCUGGGAGUUCGCCACGGACCACUACGACAUCGGCUUCGGAGUCCUCUUCGAGUGGACUGAUGCCACCAAUGCCUCGGUCAGCGUGCACGUCAGCGAGUCAAGCGACGAAGAUGAGGAUGAGGAAGGGGAGUCUCCCAGGGAGGGGGUGAAGCUUAAGAAGGGGGCAGGGAAGCCCCAGGUGGAUGAGAUAGUGCCGGUGUACCGGCGGGACUGUCACGAGGAGGUCUACGCCGGCAGUCACCAAUACCCCGGCCGUGGAGUCUACCUGCUCAAGUUCGACAACUCCUACUCUCUCUGGAGGUCCAAGAGCGUCUACUACAGAGUCUACUACACCAGAUAAGCCUGGAGAUGGACUGGGGGAGGGUGGGGUGUGUCUGUACGUUAAGAGAGGAGGAGGGGUGAAAGGAUCUGGACUAGACCACCAGAGGGCGACAGAAAUGUCAGACUCAGUUUGGAGAUGGGACUUCUAUCUGUGUGCUGUGUGUUUGCAUACACCUCGUCGGAGUUUGGUAUGGAGUUAACGCUGUAUAUUCGCCGACCUGUCUUUUCUCUCUUAGAGACCACCUCUAGGAGUCUGUUGUAUUAAUGUCCGUCUUCCCUGCCCAGACGUCAUCUAACCCACAGUCUAUGUUCUGUCAUGUCAUGUCAUUGUUAUGGCUGUGCUUCUAUCUGACUGAGACACUUCUUAACCGGAGUUUACAUUUUUCAAGCCCACCAUUGGUUAACACAGAGCUGAAGUUCAUACAGGGUUUUGUUCAAUGAGAGAAGUCAUUGUCAAACAGAGUCCAAACAGUGACACACUACACUACAGCACCAUGCCUUUACUAUAGCAGGAGUCCCUGAGUAACACACUGAAGUCAAUCACUCCUGUAGUGGCAAUACUGCUGCGGAACAAGCUACACCCAGAUCCACAUGAACGCCUAGCCCCUAGCCCCUACCACCUACACCCUUCUGGGAUCUGACGGUUGGAUUAUAGACAUAAGCAAUACGGCUAGCCUAUCAGAGAGCAAGGUUAUCGUAUCGUUAUUAUCUGUGCUAACCUUACACAUCUCCACAAGUGCAUAGGGAGAAGGGGCUAGGGGUAGAUUGGGCGCUAUUCUACUGAACGAGGGAUCAUUGAGAAGUGGGGAUAGGGGGAAAGGGUAUUGGUGGUGGAAGAGGGGAUAUGACAUGUACAUUGGAAAGUAUGGUUGAGGCCUUGUAAAUUUGGGCAUCUCGAAAUGGAAUGCUGAAAAAGGGUGAUUGUCUAAAAAGGAUUUAAUAAAUAUUUAUUUGCCCUUUCUUGUAGAGUAGGAUCAUUUUUGUGUCUGUGUAAUAUUUGGGGGCAUUUCAUCUCAAGUGGCCUCCCUGUUUCAGGAGACAUGUCUCUUUAGUCUUUAGAUCAGGGUUCCCAAAUAGGCGGCCUGCAGGUGAUUUUUAUUUGGCCCCCUAAGUUUUUCUGGUGUAGGACAGAAGACUAAAAUCACCAGGAAAUCAGCUCAGUGAUUUUUAAUUUAGAAAAUCUGUUCCCAAGUAUUCCCAGACAUAAAUAGAAAGGGAUACGAUCACAUAUCCAAUGUAAUCAAGGUUUAAAAUUAUUCAAUUUUUGUCAAAUACUUUCUGUUUUGGGUUCUUGCAGUCAAUUUGCAGUGUACAAAUUCUAUGUUCGACCGUCCGCUUAAGGAGAACUGGUCCAAUGGCUGAAUGUAAUAGGGACCCCUGCUUUUUAUGGCCGCUGGUCUCAGGACAUGACAGGUGAAAAUGAUAAGGAUGGAAACCUAUCCGUCUUUCCCUAUGAGGGCAAGGAAAGCAAGCCAGUAAAGAGUAUUGGGACAUACUGCAUGUCUGUUCUGAGGGAGACUGGACACUGUCCUCUAUUGACCCUGCUGUGUGUUGAGUUUGUCACUAAUUUGAUUUGACUCAUACAUACGAGCUGACAGCUAACAAUUCAAGAAGAUUUUUGCCUUUUUGUUUUGGUCAUUUCACUGUUACAUCUCUAUAGCAUUUUAUCUUUCAGAAGUCCACAGCCAAACACAAUAUUGGCUGUAUUUGUAUACGUCAUCAUUUGAUGGAUUGAUUCAGAUUUGUCAUCUCAAAUAUGGCUUUGAACUAUCGCUAAUAAACUCUGAUCACGUCUAGCUCUCUGGUCAUUCAUGUCUCUGGUUGAGAGUAAUAAAAUGAUCACGUCUAGCUCUCUGGUCAUUCAUGUCUCUGGUUGAGAGUAAUAAACUGAUCACGUCUAGCUCUCUGGUCAUUCAUGUCUCUGGUUGAGAGUAAUAAACUGAUCACGUCUAGUUCUCUGGUCAUUCAUGUCUCUGGUUGAGAGUAAUAAACUGAUCACGUCUAGCUCUCUGGUCAUUCAUGUCUCUGGUUGAGAGUAAUAAACUGAUCACGUCUAGCUCUCUGGUCAUUCAUGUCUCUGGUUGAGAGUAAUAAACUGAUCACGUCUAGUUCUCUGGUCAUUCAUGUCUCUGGUUGAGAGUAAUCCGUUAUUGAGCUCAGACUGAGCUCAAAAGGUGUUUUUUAACUCAUGAUUUCUCAGUUUAUUUUGCUGGCAUUAUUUGGUAUUGUUCAGACUGUUCACCUACCUUACUUCUGCAUGCUUUGUGUUUCACUUGAAGUCAGAUGGCCACCAGGGUUUGUUGAUGAGUAGUUGUUCUUUUGAAAGACUUUUCGAUUAAUCAUCCUGUUGUUUGGUUUCUGAUGGAUUACCAAGUCUCCUUUCAACUGAGAGUUGUACAGUGUGAACAUGGGUCAGACUUUGGCUUAUCGGUAGACCUGAUUCUAAUCACGACUCCCUCUCCUAGUUAGAUGUUCCUCCUUGUUGUUUUGUUCAUUUGUUUAAAGUACUUUUGCUCACCAACUAGUAGCCUAAUGAUACAGAUUGUUCAAGCCUUGUAUGUAAAUAAUUAUAAAUGGAUUGUAAGUGUGGGUUGGGGGGGGGGGGGAGAAAGACAAUGGGUUGAGAAGUGAUGCACUGUAGUAUGGUGAAUGAGAUUAUGUAUAUUGUUUCCCCAAAAAGUCAAACUCCCAAGUGUAAACUGAAAGACAAUGAAAUUUGGAAAAAUGCUCAUCCAUUUUUGUAUUGCUUUGACUGUAUGAGCUGUAUUCAUCUCCUCUGAUCUGUAUGAGUUUGAAGAAUCUGGGCAUAUAUUUAACCUUGAUUACAUUUAUGCUCAUCUCUAUUACCUGAAUGUCUAAUGUGUUUUUGUUGUUUUUUUACAAUGUAAAUGUUAAAUUUAGGGGUAAAUUUGUUCUACUUUUUGUUACAGUCCAGGUGUUAAGAUUAUGUAGUAGACCUUCAUCAGUGUCAUUACACAUGUUUUUUUUUUUGCAAUCUUUUAGAAAUGAUCAUUUUAUAAACGUUGCGUACACUCUGUCCCAAAA